AUCAUGAUAUAAUGAGAAGACCUCCGAGGAACAGUAGAGAACCAAUCGUUGGAAAAUGGUUGUUUUUCCGGUAUAUGAUUGUUGGCAUUUAUGUAGGCGCAGCUACUGUAUUUGCUUAUGCUUGGUGGUUCCUAUUUUAUUCGGAAGGACCCCAAAUAUCAUUUUAUCAGUUGUCAAACUUUCAUAGGUGCAACGAAUUAUUCCCAGAAAUCGGCUGUGAGAUGUUUAGCAACAUUAUGGCUAAACGUGCCACGACGAUGUCACUGUCCGUCCUAGUCACCAUCGAAAUGCUUAAUGCCACAAACUCCCUUAGUGAAAACGAGAGUUUGUUAACCUUACCUAUAUGGAAAAAUAUUUACCUUGUGCUAUCGAUAAUUCUUUCGAUGGCUUUACAUUUCUCGAUCUUGUAUAUCCCGUUUUUUACGAAAUUAUUUGCUAUAGUUCCCCUCAACUGGGCUGAAUGGCAAGCCGUUUUAUUUAUAUCCAUUCCUGUUAUUAUUAUUGAUGAAGUAUUGAAACUAUUCAGUCGAACAUUUAUUG